UCUUAUUGUCUGAAUACUAUAAUUGAAAUCUAAAAUAAGAUGCGUUUCGCAAUUGCUUGUCUGAUGCUUGCUGCAGCUGCUUCUACGACAGCUAUCCCUUCUGGUCAAUAUUCUUCUGUAAACGACCCAUACUACGGUAUCAACUAUCAUAAUAGUCCUCUUUAUGGCGAAACCAACGGUAUAGCCGGACGUGGAAAUUUAAACAGAAACAAUAGAGUAUAUUCAGAUUCUUACCAAAAUAAUGCAAUCAACAACGAUAUUAAUUCGCCACAAAACAAAGGUAUCUAUUAUGCCGAUUCUUCGGUCUUUCAAAAUACCCUUGGUGACGCAGGAACUGGAACUGGAAACCAGAACAAUUUGGCCCAAACAAGGAGUCAUCAAGAUAAUAGAAUCAACAACUACAGACGUGGUGGAAACUUAGACAGUAGAAUCGACUAUUACAAUUCACCUGUAGGUCAAAGGACUGAAGGUAGAGCAGGAAAUGGAAAUUUGAAUGACAACAAUUUGUCCAGAGUAAGCAGUUAUCAAGAUAACUCACUCAAUAAUGGAAAUAGAAACUAAGAAAAAUUUUUAUA